ACUCACCAAAAAACAGAAGAUUCAAGGAAAAAAAAAACAAAAUGUUGGCUAUUUUUCAAAAGACGUUUGCGCAUCCACCGGAAGAACUAAACAGCCCGGCGUCAAACCUCACGGGCAAAACCCCAAAACUUCCCGGAGAAACCCUCUCUGACUUCCUUUCAAACCAUCAAGACUCUGCUUUCUCCAUGAACUUCGGCGACUCCGCCGUCCUCGCUUUCGUCCGCCAAGAAAACUCUCACCGUCCAAGGAUGUUUAGUGGAAUCGAUGGAAUCUACUGUGUGUUUCUUGGAACACUGAACAACCUAUGCGACUUAAACAAACAGUACGGUUUAUCUGGAAAAUCUUCAAACGAGGCCAUGUUUGUGAUCGAAGCUUACCGAACACUACGUGACCGUGGUCCUUACCCAGCUGAUCAAGUUCUUAGAGGUCUCGACGGAAGUUUCGCCUUUGUCGUCUACGAUACUCAGACAUCCUCUGUUUUCGCAGCUCUGGGAUCUGAUGGAGCUGAGAGUUUAUAUUGGGGAAUAGCUGCAGAUGGGUCUGUUGUUAUGUCUGAUGAUGUCAAGAUCAUUAAGCAAGGUUGUGCUAAGUCAUUCGCUCCUUUUCCGACAGGGUGUAUGUUUCAUAGUGAGAGUGGUUUGAUGAGUUUUGAGCAUCCGAAGAAUAAGAUGAAGGCGAUGCAGAGGAUUGAUAGUGAGGGAGUUAUAUGUGGAGCUAACUUCAAAGUCGAUGCUUGCUCCAAGAUCAGUAGUCUUCCGAGAAGAGGAAGUGAAGCUAACUGGUCUUUGGCAAACUCUAGUUAAUGUAAGGAGGAAGAAGAGUUGUCUUUGUAAAUUACCCAACAAUGGUGUUGUCGAAAAAAAAAAAUCAAACAAUAAUAAUAAGCUUAUUUUACUGAUUCAGUAUGGUGGACUCUGAUCAUUCAGCAUGUCUCCACAUGUCUACAAACUCGUCUGGUUUUUAGUUUGGUUAAUAUCUGGAUAAUUUUUACUAAUUUGAAUUAUUUUGGUUACUCC